AUGGAGGGUUUUGAUGUUUCAAAUACCAUAAGAUUGUCAAAUGUACUUCAUUUGUAUGAGACUUUUAAGCAACAAAAAGGUGAAUCUCUACAUGAAGUCUACAUAAGGUUCUGCAAUGUGAUCAAUGAGUUGGGAAAGAAUGAUGUCAAAAGAACCAACAUGGAAUUGAACAUCAAGUUCAUCAAGAAUCUUGAAGAUGAAUGGCAAAAGGAACAAAAGAAGAAAGAAGAAAGUGUUACUUCUGAUCCCCAGGCUUUAGUUGUUGAACAGAAGACUUCUAUAUCUUCAAGAAAGAGUUUUGUUGCAAUUGACACUGAUUCAGAUUUAAGUAAAGUAAGUGAUCCUGAUAUGGAUGAAAAAAGAGACGAAAAUAAACCUCAUCAGAAGAACUCCGAAUACUAUAAGUAUAAACUCAUGCUGGCAAGACAACAAGAAGGUGGUAUUUCUCUCAUUACAGAGGAUGACAAAUGGCUUCACCUUACUGAUGAUGAAACUAAAGAGCAUUCUGCCAAUGUGUGCUUUAUGACAAAGAUCAAGAGAUCUAAGGAGUUAGAUGAAGGUCAAUCUUCCUCAGAGGCUGAUGAUGAGUGUCCCAAUCAGCGAGCACUUCCUGCUAAAGAUAUAGAAAGCUUACCAGAUGUUGAAACUGAAGAAGGUGAACCAGUGUACGAUGAUGACGAAAGUGAAGAAAGAUAUAUUGGUGGAGAUGUUGGAGAAAUGCUGGUAGUCAGAAGAGUGAUGCAUGUUGAUGAAGUUGUAACUGAUGUUGCCCAAAGAGAAUAUAUCUUCCAAACCACAUGUACUAUAAAAGGCAAGGUGUGUGAUCUAAUCAUUGAUGGUGGAAACUGUGCUAAUGAUGCUUCAACUUAUAUGCUAGAAAAACUGGAGUUGCCUACCACAAAACAUCCUCGUCCAUACAAAUUACAAUGGCUCAGUGAAGGAUCUGAGGUAAAAGUUAACCGACAAGUUACUAUUCUCUUUUCCAUUGGAUCUGUUUAUGAAGAUAAAUUUUUUUGUGAUGUUGUCCCUAUGGAUACUUGUCAUAUUUAUAAUGGUCGUGCAAAUUCUUUUUCAUUAUUUCUAAGUAGGAAGAAGGUCCCAUUGACUUCUCUGAAACCCAAUGAGUUACUGAAAGUAAACAAGAAAGACCGGCCCAAUGAGUCUUUGUUUGUGUCCCAAACUGAAGUUGAGGAAGAACUCACUGGAGGUACUUUAGUCAAGAUGUUACUGGUGCUUGAACGAACUGAAAAUAAGGAGUUAACUGGUGUCCCCAGCCUCCUGAAGUCUCUACUGAAGGAAUUCAUUGAUGUUUUCCCAGAAGACCUACCAGAAGGUUUGCCGCUAGUAAGCGGUAUUGAACACCAGAUUGACCUGGUUCCAGGCUCAGCUCUUCGUAACAAAGCUGCUUACAGAUGUUCACCAACUGAAGCAAAAGAAUUACAAAGACAAGUCGAUGAGUUGGUUGCCAAAGGUUAUGUGAGAGAAUGUAUGAGUCCUUGUUCAGUCCCAGCUCUCCUGGUUGAUCUCAGAAGUGGUUAUCACCAGAUUAGAAUGAAAGAUGGAGAUGAGUGGAAGACUGCAUUCAAAAUUAAAGGAGGCCUUUUUGAUUGGUUAGUAAUGCCUUUUUGUUUAUCUAAUGCUCCGAGUACUUUUAUGAGACUAAUGAAUGAAGUUCUCAGGCCACUUAUUGGUCAGUUUAUUGUGGUUUACUUUGAUGAUAUUCUUAUAUAUUCGAAAACUGAUGCUAAACAUGUUAAUCAUUUAAGAAGUGUAUUUGAAUUACUAAGAAAACACCAGUUGUAUGACAAACUGGAGAAAUGUGAUUUUAUGGAAGAAAGUGUAAUAUUUCUUGGUUAUGUGGUAUCAAAAGAAGAAAAUUCCAUCAAUCGUUCCAAGCUUAAGUCUGCCCAGUUGGCAUUUGAGUUGCUAAAGGAGAAGCUCGAUUCAGAUCCAGUUCUAUCUUUGCCAUAUUUUGAUAAAUUAUUUCAAUUGGAGUGUGACGCCAGUGGUGUGGGUAUGGGUGCAGUUCUGGUACUAGCAGGGCGUCCAGUGGCAAAUUUCAGUGAAAAACUUAAUGGCUCAAAACUGAAGUAUAGCACUUAUGACAAAGAAUUUUAUGCCAUCAUUUGCGCUAUCACUCACUGGUCUCAUUAUCUGAAGCCAAAACAGUUUGUUUUAUUUUCUGACCAUGAAGCACUGAAGUUCAUAAAUGGUCAACAUAAGCUUAAUGUCAGACAUGCAAAAUGGGUGGAGUUUUUGCAGUCUUAUUCUUUUGUUUUCAAACAUAAAGCUGGAGUAGCCAAUGUUGUUGCUGAUGCACUUUCCAGAAGGUGUUCAUUGUUAUCAAUCCUGGAAGCAAGAGUUCUUAGAUUUUCUUUCAUUAAGGAGUUGUAUGCUGCUGAUCCAGACUUUAUUGAUCGUCUCACUGAAGCUAACCAGAAAGGACCAUUUGUUGUUCAAGAUGUUUCUUAUUUAAGAGUGAAAAGUUGUAUAUUCCAAGGGGUUCCAUUAGAGAUUUGCUGA